UUUUAAAGGCUGAUUGGAGGAGAUCUACACCGAUCACAAGGCCUGCUUGGUCGUGGACUUGGAGGUUGCUCGUAGUUCAAAUUAAAGGUCUCGAGUUUGUUAUUUGUGUGGACUGGACUGGACUGACCCGGGACAACAAGGACAACAUGUACAUUCUGUUUCGUACAGCUGCAGUCCUGUUACUUCUAAACAUACUCGUAGGGAAGCUUCAUGGAAUACGCUGGUUGGCAGUAAAAAUACCUUCAGAUGUUGAAUGGCAGAAAACAAAUUGCAGCAAAGUACACGGCUUUAUUGGCGGCCAGUAUAAAAUUUGUAGAAGAAGCUUGCCUAUCAUGAGAUAUAUCUCCGAAGCUGCGGAGAUGACAAAGAAAGAGUGUAAAUCGCAGUUACAGAACAGACGAUGGAAUUGUACAACCAUCUCACAAGCUCCUUCGUUUUACAACGAUCUCAAGAGAGGAACCAAAGAGUCAGCGUUCGUAUACGCGUUGUCCUCGGCCGCUGUAGUUUACAGCGUGACUCAAGCCUGUAGUAUUGGACGAUUGAAGGAGAAUUGUGGUUGCGGUCGAACACCGAAGACGAAAUUAAAAAAUAAAGAUUGGCUAUGGGGUGGGUGCAGUGACAACAUUGCGUAUGGAGUGCGAUUUAGCAAGAAGUUCACAGACGCCGUGGAGAAGAAAAGAAUGGAUGGGCAAGAACCCGCAGCGGCCAGCCGAGCGUUGAUGAACAUACAAAAUAACGAAGCGGGUAGAACGGCUGUGAGAGAUAAACUGGCGACUAUCUGUAGAUGCCAUGGAGUGUCAGGCUCAUGCCAGAAGAAAACUUGCUUCAGGCGACUGAGCGAAUUUAAAGACGUUGCCACGCUCCUCAAGAAAAAGUACGAUAACAUUAUCACUGUUGUUAGCAAAACCAACUGCCGUCAGAAUCAUUACCUGAAGGCGAAGAGAGGAAAAAAGUACAACAGCCGAGACCUCAUUGCAUUGGACGCGUCUCCUAAUUACUGCAAGGUGUCCCGAGGGACUUAUGGAACGGUCGGAAGAGAAUGCAAUCCCUCCACCACCGGGAAGGGAAGCUGUCCGUACAUGUGUUGUGGGCGUGGUCACCGCACGUUUACACGAGUCGUUGAGGAGCGCUGUGAAUGUGAGUACGUGUGGUGCUGUUACGUAAGGUGCAAAAAAUGCAAGAGAACUAUUACUGUCAGCACGUGUCAGUGAGAAGACACUGAAAGAACUCAAAAGCUUAACCCUAAAGAAAAAAAAAACUACUGUCAACAAUUUAAAAUUAUGAAAAGUUUUUCGUGGAUCUAUAAAGGACAUCUGCCGAACAGAAAUCGUCAAUUCAAAAGGAUGGUAGAAGGAUCUAUUUAGAACUUCACAAGCAAGACAAGUGUAAAAAGAGUGACAUAGCUGAAUUAAUGCGAAUUUUGUUCGGCUCACGGAAGUUUUACAGCACACGAGACCCUGUCUGCUAGCGAAUGUCUUUUCUUGUAAAUAUGAGGUGAAGAAAGAUUUCUUCACUGAGUGAACGUCAGCUUUGUCUCACAAGCUGCACUACCCGAACGUAAGGUCCACAGGCCCCCCAUCCAUGAUACACUGGUAUAUCAUACCCGAACCACAGGAAUACGUGGCGCCCGGGAGUUGUUGUAAGCUACGUCACAAGUGAUACACUUAAUCACUUGAUUUAAUCCAAGAUUGUUAAUGGAGACUAAAUGGACAGACAUGCUUGGCAGGCCAUGAUUAAUGCAAGAAGUAAGUAAUGUGUCCGUACCCAAAACGUGGGUUUCUUUGUUACUAGGUAACACACACAAUUUUCCGUUCUUUAUGAACAGACUCUUUACCUUUUAAUUACAAUCAGUAAAAGGCGUAUUCUGGUCUUGCCAGUGAUAAAAAAGAGAUGUAGUUAGCGAACAUAGGUUCAAUAAGAUUAUGAAUGAAAGUUAUUCUUUAUCAUUAUAUGGCCAAGUGGUCUUGAGGUAAAUCCGAGCGUUCUGAUUGGUUCUUACUCGGUCGGUAUUUUACCGUGCGCAUCGUUUUCACGGAAAGGUCACUAGCCGGAUAUUUGUUCGCGAAAGCCGGCAAAUUCGAAAGAAACACGUUUUAUCCAUUUUUUAUGCCAAAAACACGUUUUUUAUGCCAAAAAAAAAUUAAUAAUUACUAACCUCGCUUCCUCGAGUCGUUCUUGGGAAUAUCGACCCUUAGUCGUUAUUGUAAGGACCUCAUUCCACUCUGUCUGUUCUACCAGGACCUCGGGCCAAUAUUCUUCUAUGCGGCCUUCACGCUCGGUCAGUAGGAAGUUACUAUAGCUCUCCUUAUUACUCGUUCUUUGCAACUGACUGCAAAUGAAUCUUCUGAUUAAACAUUGAAUAACCUGGAAACAAGUUUCGUUUCCUCAGGGAAAAGAAACAUGAAGAUUUUUAUGCUUACGACGAAUAACUGGGACCGAUCUGUGAGCAUUCGAACUUCAAACAAUAAAUGUUAACAAGAGAGUAAUAUUUCUGCUGCUGCACAUUAAAAAAGGAUGUAAUGGACUAGAUAAGUUAUCAUUUCUUGACCGUCAAUUCUAGGCGUAAGUCAUCUCAGUUACAUUCCUCUAUGAUCAUUUUAAAGGUUUUCACUUGCGUGUUAAAAUUUGCCUUGGUUUACAUUGCACUGUGAUUGGUCAGAAAAAACAUGUAUCGUUGACUUGCCAACCAAUACUAAAUCAAAGCCAAUCACGACCUGGUCACGUGCGUUUUCCCGCUGUUAUGUAUAUAGGCUUUUCAAUCUAAUUGGCUAGUUGUGUGCCUUGCUUUUUAGGUAAUUGGUUCAGAUUUGCGAAGCUCUUUUGAAAUCCUGACGAGCUCCUUAUUUCAAAUAGCAAAGAUUACGCAUAUAUGCUAUUUUAGCAAAUGUAAGAUGAUAUUAGGGAUAGACAAGCCUCAAAAUUUUUUAGCUCACUCAACUUUAUUAAUACUUAUUUAUUAAAAACCAGCUAUUUACUAUACACUCUUAUGAUACGCACCGGGUUUCUUACUGGUAAUAAAGAUGACAAAUAAUUUCU